GAAAAUUGGGCCUCCGGAAUCGAUCUUGACAAUAAAUUCAGUAAUAGCUUGAACGUCGGAAUUUACCAUCCAAAUUUGGUUCCAAAUGGGUUAUACUAUUCCACAUAAGAAGCUCUUCUGAAAGCCUAUUUCCGGACUCAUUUCCGGGCGACUCGAACACGCUUUUCGUAACAUUAGCGUAACCGAUUCCUAGCUAGGCUUAAGGACACCGAAGCAUCUGGUUGGCGUGGUUGGGACGGGACUCUGUUUCGUUUGAGCAUUCCCGGCCGCGUAAGAGUUGGUGUUCAAGCAGCCACGUCCCCGCGUCCUUGCCUGACACUCCAGGUAUCUUUUCUCCUCUUGUUCGAUCUAACACGUACCUACAUCCACUGGACUUGGGAGAUAAAAGCUUCCAGCCAUGAGUACUCCCGUGGAGCCCCAGUCGCCGGCACUUGAAACUCCAAGCGUGACUAAAGCGAAGAUAUCAACCCCUGGUCCCGCAUCUCCUGGGGCAUCAUAUUCUGCUGGAAGGGCAAAGUUGCCGACAUCUGCCGCCGAAGCUCCGGCAACCGAACCGAUUGGUGUCCUUUCUGGCGAACAUUGGCUUCAGCAAGGCCUUCCGAGGCCCGGCAAAAAUGAGGAUACAGACUCAGCCUUGGGAAGCGAUAUCGACAGUUCAACUGCUUCGAUUUCUUCAAGCAUCCUGAACUACCGUACUAUCAAUGGCCGAACUUACCACAGCGACUCCGUAACCGACGGGGAAUACUGGGGUCCUAACGAUCCCAAACACAUUGAAGCCCUCGAUAUUAUCUACCACGCCUGCGAUCUGAUGUUUGGUGGCAAACUACAUCAGGCACCGCUCAUAGAGAGCAACCUUAGGAAUGUAGUUGAUAUCGGUACAGGCUCAGGAAUAUGGGCUAUCGACUUUGCGGACGAAUACAACAACUGCAAUGUGAUCGGUACCGACAUUUCGCCUGUCCAGCCUAGCUGGGUUCCCCCCAAUCUCCAGUUCGAAAUCAAUGACGCUACCAAAGAGUGGGCUUUCAGGGAAAACCAUUUCGAUUUCAUCCAUAUGCAGUUUUUGAACGGGGCUUUUGGAGAUUUGACAGAAGUCUACAAAGAGGCGUACCGGUGCUGCAAGCCUGGCGGCUGGCUCGAGCAUUCUGAUCUUUCGACAAUGAUCAAGUCUGACGAUGGCAGUGUUCUCCCCGAGUCUGCAUGGGGUCAGUGGGGUAAAUUAUUCGAUGCGGCGGGCAGAAAAAUCGGGAAAAUCAUGGCGAUGGCUGACAAUGGCCUGAUGGAGAGGGCGAUGAGGGAUGCCGGCUUUAUAAACGUCAAAGUAAAGAAUUUCAAGAUGCCUACCUCGCCCUGGCCAAAAGACCCGAAGCAAAAGGAAAUUGGUCUCUAUUAUUACGCGGCGAUCUCGUCUGAUGUUGAAGGUGUCAUGCAGUAUAUGUUCGCAAAUGUAUUGGGAUGGACACAGGAGCAAAUCGCGGUAUUUGCUGCUUAUGCGCGCAGAGAAUUGAAAGAUAUGAGCAUACACGGAUAUGUAAGGUGGAAGGUGGUGUACGGUCAAAAGCCGGAGUAGGGGAGAUAAGAAUAAGAGUAUUGAAAGAUGUUCCAUAAGCGAAAGUACAGACUCAAGGCAUGGGAGAAGAUGCAUAGAGGUAGUUGUGUUAGAGACGUGAUUUCUCAGCUGGAGAGUACCUAACAUACCCAAUAGAUGUUCGCGUACCUAGGUAGGGUUUUUGAUAUUCAAAUCGGCUACGGCUUUGAUAAUUCGA